UUUUUAUUUUAUUAAUUUAUUUUAGUUGUAUGCCUCUCAAAUCGGGUGAAGUUCCCUGAAAUUCUGAAGUAUGCAUUUUAAGAUUAAAAAAGAAAGCUGUUUGCAACAUGUUUUCUGGCUGUUCCUGGGAAAGGAUUUGUUGGCUUUGAAAAGCAUUGCUUACAUUUGAGCAUGUAUGUAUUUAGAUUUCUUUUAAUGAUGAUUACAAAUUGUCCGGAGCCGUGCAACGGAAGUUUUUGUAAUUUACAGACUUUGGGAUUACAUGUUUCCUUCUGAAAGUUGGUUCUCAUAGUGACGCAGACAGGAACUGUUGCUACUGUUGUCCUCGGACUCAUCCACUCUGGAGAGGACGUCAGAGCGCAGGUUGUUUUUGUGCCUCUACAGCUGGUGGGAAAGUUUAGGCUUCUGUACCCCCCCUUCUCUCUUUGGAAAGGCUUGCCGGUUCCGCUUCUGCAGUACUCUGCUUCCAAUUUUAGCUCCAUUCAGACGUAGACUGCAUUUCCUUCCUCUUCCUUCCCAUGUUUGUGACACUAUUUUUUUUCGGGGCAACUUUUCCACAGUCUGAAGAGACCUUCAGUGACCAUGACCUGCGGUGCCAUUGGAGUUGUUAAAAAAAAAAAAAAAAAAAAAAAAUUAAAAAAAAAAAAAACACACACACAUUUAAAAGCAUUUUACUGUAUUGUGUUUUUGAAACGAGACAGGAGGAAACAAAGAGUUUUGAAAGGUGCCAGUAGUUCCUGGGACUGGGUUUCAAGCAGUUGGAUAAUACAGUAAUACUACAAAAUAAUUCUACACAGUAAAAUAAAAAAAAAACAGCCAAGUUGAUUUACUAUGGCAAUCUGGAAUUGUACUCCAUGAAGGCUAAAUCUGAUGGCUGCCUCACAGCAUAGCUCGGAUAUUUUAAGCAUUGAGCGAUCAUUGGAAACAGAAAGCACCAUGAAAAUGGACGUGGAGGGUGCCGACAUGACAAAGUGGACCGAGGCAGAAUUUGAAGAGAAGUGCACAUAUAUUGUCAAUGACUAUACCUGGGACCCCAGCACAGACGGUGGAAACUGUGUUAAAGCUGAAGCCUCACUUCCAAGAAACUUGAUGUUCAAGCACGCACCAAACUCCAAAGAGGUUAUUGGCGUCUUAAGUAGGGAAUACAUCCCAAAGGGAACUCGCUUCGGAUCGCUGGUAGGAGAGGCCUACACACUUGACACAGUUCCCAAGAAUGCGAACAGAAAGUACUUCUGGCGGAUCUAUUCCAAUGGCGAGUUCCACCACUUCAUUGACGGCUUCAACGAGGAGAAGAGUAACUGGAUGCGUUACGUGAACCCUGCGCACUCGCAGCAAGAGCAGAACCUUGCUGCCUGUCAGAACGGAAUGAACAUUUACUUCUACACGGUCAAGCCCAUCCCAGCCAAUCAGGAGCUGCUGGUGUGGUACUGCCCUGAAUUCGCCGAACGGCUGCACUACCCUCCGUCUGGGGAACUCAUGAUGAUGAAACUCAAGCAAAGCCUUAUGGACGCAAAGCAGCAUGUGACAGAGGCAGACGGAUUCAGCCAGAAAGGCACAGGAAAGAAAGAGCACAGUGUGAGGGAGAUCCUCCGAAUGACCAGCAAGGAGGCCAGUGAACCCCAGGUGAUUCCCACAAAGAGUUUGGAGGACUCUCCCAAGAAGCCCAGUUCAGAGCGACUCUUCUUUCCCCGGGUGGUGUACCCAUUCCUUCCCCACAUCAAUGAAGAGUACUUGAACACCAAUGCUGUUUAUGGCUUGGACCACCCCAACUACAUGACCCACUCUCCCAUCCAGUCUUCAGCCACCCCCAGCCCCUCGGCCCGCAGCAGCUCCGACAACAGCCCUCGCAGCAGCCCAGGAAUAAUUCACUCCCCUCCCAACCCCUCAUCUCAGGAAUACAAAGAGGGCUUCCCUUACAUGAACAGAUUCUACAGAGACAGUUAUCAUGGCUACACACCUCCCAGCCACCUUUCCCCAGCUUUCUUGCCUUCCUACAACCCCCAUCAUUAUUCCAGAUUCCUGUUACCUCACUACCCGGUUGGCUGCAGCAGCCUAAAUGGGCUGGGUGCCGAUCCAGUUGGUGGCAGUGGCGCCGGCACUGUUGUGAACAGUUUCAGCCUAUUUCCAAGAAUGUACCCCUACAACAACCUGCUGACAGGGGGCCGUCUCUCACAGCACAUGUUGAACCACUCAGCCCUGCCUGGUAUAAUCCCUCCCGAGGGCAGCCGCCGGCUCCUACUCUCCUCUGAGCCUCACAGGGACCUCAUCCCGGCGUCCAACAGUGCCUUUUCCGCCACCGGCCUCAAGGACAAGCCAUCUAGCCCAAGCAGCAACAGCUCAUCCAACGCAGACAUGGCUGCUACCUCCUUGGAUCACUGCACGCCCACCAAAUCUACCUCGGCCAUGCUGGGCAUAAGCAGGAGCGAAGAAGCCAUGAACCUGAGCAAGACGAAGCGCAACAUGACUGGCUAUAAGACCCUAUCCUACCCCUUAAAGAAACAGAAUGGCAAGAUCAAGUAUGAGUGCAACGUCUGCAGCAAAUCCUUUGGGCAGCUAUCAAACCUAAAAGUCCACCUUCGAGUACACAGUGGAGAAAGACCCUUUAAGUGCCAGACCUGCAACAAAGGAUUCACACAGUUAGCACAUUUACAGAAGCACUACCUGGUCCACACUGGAGAGAAACCACAUGAAUGUCAGGUUUGUCACAAGCGUUUCAGCAGCACCAGCAACUUAAAGACACACCUGCGGCUCCACUCUGGGGAGAAGCCUUAUCAGUGCAAGCUGUGUCCGGCAAAGUUCACCCAGUUCGUUCAUCUGAAGCUGCACAAGCGCCUGCACACCCGUGAGCGCCCCCACAAGUGCCUGCACUGCCACAAGACCUACAUCCACCUCUGCAGCCUCAAGGCCCACCUGAAGGGCAACUGUCUGGCCGCUCCCGGUUCUGGCGUGCGAUCCCUGGAGGAGCUGAAUCGUGUCAACGAGGAGAUCGACAAGUUCGACCUCAGUGACAACGCAGACCGGCUAGAAGAAGUGGACAGCAUGGACAUGGAGAGUGUGGUUGAGAAGCAGAUCCUUAACCUGCUCUGGAGGGAGAUGGACCUCAAGGCCUCCUUCCACAAGAGCAUUGGGAAUGGACUACUCUCUUCCAGCAGUGGCCUUUGUGAACCCAGCAACGAGAUGUCUGUCAUAAAGUUGCCUCACAGUAGCCCGCAGCCUCUUUUACCUGUAAAGGUCAAACAAGAAACGGUAGAACCCAUGGACCAUUGAGACUGACUCAAGAAAAUAUGAAAGAUAUUUAUGACUUUUUUCUGAGAGCUUAAGUGUCUGUAGCAGUUAUAUAUAAUGUUCUCCAUUGCUGCAUAACAGACUUGGCUUGCUGUGAGGGGACUUCUAUUCUCAGGACUUUGACACAAACUGUUUUAGUCUCUUUUUCACUUAUGUUAAAGACAAUCCUGUACCCAUGAUUAUUUAAUUUUUUUGUUUGAUUU